GACAUGAGGAGGAGGGAAUUAUUGGAGCCCCCGAUGUAAGUCUAAAGUAGAAAAAAAAUAUUGGCAAACAGCGAAACGUGCCCUGUGAUGAUUAACUUAAUAAAGAGAAUCAAAUAAUUCUCGCUCAGUCUCGGAGAAAAACGUUCGAUGUCGCAUCCUCAUAACUGCGAUAAAUAGCAAGAAACAUCGAUAACAGCAGAUCUGAUGCCACACGUCAGGUGCAGUGAGAGAACAAGUGGCGCCCUCUGCCAGUAAACAUGCGCUAACCAUCAUGGAAGGAACGACAACUGCCACCGCGGCGCACGACGUCAGCAAGGGGAGAGAAGCAUGUCUGAUCGUUCCCGAGGUGCAUUUCCUGCCCUGCACCAACUCCUCCAGCGUCAUGACCCUGCAGACCCGGGAGUUGCUGGAGAACGUGGUGUACGUCGGCCUCCUGCCCCUCCUCUUCGUCACCGGCACCCUCGCCAACACCCUCAGCCUCCUCAUCUUCCUCCGCCAGGGGCUGCGAGACCACGUGACCGCCACGCUGUUCUGCCUGGGCGUGGCUGACCUGCUGUACCUGCUGGUCAUCAGCCUCCGCUACAGCGAGAAGAUGGUGUCGCUGGUGCUGGGGUCGUGGUGGUACGACCUGUGGCUGGCGAGCCUGGUGCGGUACCGCCUGGUGGCCGUGCAGGCCGGCUUCUCGCUCGCCUCCAACUUCAUCAGCAUGUUCAUCGCCGUCGACCGCUGUCUCUGCGUGCUAUUUCCUCUGCACCUACAGCGCAUGCGCAUUAGCUUUAAGCACACGAUCAGCGUUGUGGUCAUAGGAUGCGUGGUGAACUGUCUGGGCAUUCAAAGCCUCGCUUUCAUGUACGACGUCACCUGCGCGGUAUAUGUCGGGAAGACGAUGAACACUACUGAUGUUAUCAUCACCCCGUCAACACUUUACAAAGACAACAAAAUGUUGAUGGACGUUCUCGAUGUCUUCAUCUUCUCCACACUGGUCCCCGGGGGCUCCCUCGUCAUCGUCGCCAGCUCGACCAUCGUGACAGCUGUGCAGCUGCGGCUGGCGGUCAGAUGGCGCAUGCAAGACCAACGCCUCUGCUGUAAGUGUCAAGGAGACGGCCCUGACCCGGAUGUUGAUCGUCAUUUCCGGUAUCUACAUCGUGUGCGUGGGUCCGCGGGUGCCGCUGUCGUUGCUGAGGCUGCUGGUACCAGGGUUUCAGGUGUGGGGGCGCCACUGUAA